AUAUUGAGAAACUUGAUGUCCCAACCACAAACACCAGAUCUUUUGACGAUUAAAAAUGCAAUUUCUGGCAACCAAAAGGCUGUAAUAUUCAGAUAUUCAGAUAAAACCCAUAUCUCUGGGUCAGCCGAACAUAUGAAUGGAUAACUUUCGUUAAAUUUAAUCCUAAUUUGAAAUCAAACAACAGUAAGGAUUGAGCUGAUGAAGACAGGAGGUUCACACUUCCCAGUGACCAUACACUUACUGUAGAGCCAGAUUCCUCUGGUCCUCUGGGCUCGUCCACAGCUGCUUAGACCUUCUAAAAUUAACCUCCCUGUCUACUGGGCUCUAGUUCCCCAAGCCUUUUUAUGGUCUCAGCGAGCCAACAGAUGAUUUCUUUAGGAGAGAAACACAGGCCAGGUCAGGAGAGAGAGAGAGAGAGAGAGAGAGAGAGAGAGAGAGCGAGAGAGAGAGAGAGAGAGAGAGCGAGCACAACAAGGGACCAGCUUCAUGUCUCUGUCCCAGAUCACCCCGAGCCUUUUCCUGAGUGGAGCUGAUGCCCCUCUCAAUCGAGCCCUCGUGACUCGUAAGGGCAUCACCCUCAUCAUAAACGCCACCCUGUCCCACAGCUGCCCGACAUACCCAGGAGUCCAGUGUGUACGUGUGGCUGUACCUGACCUUCCCUCUGCACGUCUAAGUGAGCACUUCGACCGAGUGGCAGCCCGUAUUCAUAACAACCAAGCGGGUGGAACCUUAGUGCACUGCGCAGCAGGCAUGAGUCGUUCCCCUGCUUUGGUCAUGGCCUACCUCAUGAAGUAUAAGGGAGUGACACUGUGCCAGGCGCACCACUGGGUGAGGCAGAGCCGACCCUUGAUUCGCCUCAACGCAGGAUUCUGGGACCAGCUUCUGGACUAUGAAAAGAGACUUUACGGGAAAAAUACGGUGAAAGUUGCCGCUCCAUUAGAAGUGCCCAAAACGCCCAAAAUGGUGCCCAGAUACAGUCUGAGAGAGUGUCCAAAAUCUCCAAGGCUGGGCUGGUUUAGGCGAUAGGACUAAUUAAAAAAAACAAAAAAAUAUUUGAGUGGCAGUGCCUUCACAUUUUGUAAACAUUUGAUUAUAAUUUUAUAAUUAGCACUUAAUGAAAUGUUGUGAGGAUAUAUUGUGAUAUUCUACCCCUUACAUUGCUUAUUGUAAACACUUAAACUUUAAACGAUGGGACAAGAAAUCACUUCAGAAUUGAGUCGACUCCGAGUCAAAUGAACCGACUCAUUGAAAAGAGCCUGGAAUCCCGUCAGGAAUUAGUUUGGUAUUUGAAAGCUGUGUGUGUGUGUGUGUGUGUGUGUGUGUGUUGGGGGGGGGGGGGGGAAUUUAAACAACGAAACACCUUUUUUAACACGUGAGACGCCAAUCACAUGACACGAUCAUGAUACCGUAAAUUUUAUAUCAGCAAAUUUUUGUAACAAAUCUAUGGAACUACUGAUAAAAUGUAUAUUAAAGAUUAAACAAGUGC